AUGUUUCAGGAAGUGCUUCAAAGAACACCGGAAGAUUUUCUUCCAAAGACAGAAGGUUCAGUCGAAGAGAUGGAUACCUCUGAUACCCAGUGGGGCUGGUUUUAUUUGGCUGAGUGUGGUAAAUGGCAUAUGUUUCAGUCUGAUUCAAACAGCCAUUGCUCUGUUAGCAGUGAAGAUAUUGAAAGGAGCUUCCGAACAAACCCACAUGGUUCUGUUUCUUUUACUACUGCAAAAUUUAACUACACAAUAGACUUUGCAGUGAUGAAACAAACCAACCUAACUACCCUUAAGCAACGUCCAAUUAAGCGAGCUCCCUUUUCUGUCAGCGCUUUCAGUUUCAUCUGUGAAAAUGAGGCUAUCCCUUUGCCUUCACACUGGGAAAAUGUAAAUACUGAGGAGCCAUACCAGCUUAUUCCAUUGCAAAAGAAAACAAAUGAAUAUAAUGAAGUUUCUAGUCUCUUUGGAAAAACAAUGGAUAGCCACCGAAUUAAAAGAAUUAAGAGAAUACAAAAUCUAGACUUGUGGGAGUUUUUUUGCAGGAAAAAGGCUCAACUAAAGAAGAAAAGAGGUAUCUCAGCUAUUAAUGAGCAGAUGCUGUUUCAUGGCACCAGUAAUGAGUUUGUAGAAGCAAUAUGUAUUCAUAACUUUGACUGGCGAAUAAAUGGGAUGCAUGCUGCUGCAUAUGGAAAAGGGACCUAUUUCGCAAGAGAUGCAUCAUAUUCCAGUCGUUUCUGCAAAGAGGACAUGAAGCAUGGAGAUACUUUUCAAAUUCAUGGUGUGAAUCUGCAGCCUCACCUGAUUAGACCAGAUAAAGUAAUGUUUCUUGCUCGUGUAUUAACUGGGGACUACAUCAAUGGUGAUUCAAAGUACAUGAGGCCUCCUUCAAAAGAUGGAAGUUUUGUGAACCUGUAUGACAGCUGUGUGGAUAAUACCUGGAACCCAAAGAUCUUUGUUAUCUUUGAUGCCAACCAAAUCUACCCUGAGUACUUAAUAGAAUUCUGCUAAAUUUAGAAGAAGCUGAACUAAAUUUUGUCUGUGUCUUUUUGAUACUUUUGUUCCUUUUGUAAAGACAACAAUAUAAAAAUGUGAAGUGUGAAAGGAGAGAGGUGACAGAAAAGCUAGC